AUGGCCGAGCCUAACCAGUUCAUUCAUAAUUCCAACCAGGGUAUGAACCACUCAUUGAACCACAAUGCAGAACCGGAACAGUUCAUUCGUCCAUACGAGCAACACAAUCAUCAUUCACACCAAGGGGACCAAGGCGGACACAAUUCACACUCUCAUGGGGGAGGAGGGGCAGUGCAAAAUGAAUUGAAUCAUCAGGCGAUAGGAAACCCCCCGAAGAGACCAAUUCAGCCGGACGAAGACGAAGAAGCCGAACGUCUUCAUUUCUUGAAGAUUGCGCGGACGUAUGCGGCCUACUCUAAGGAACACAUCGGACGCUUCGUCGAGAAGAGACUCAAUGACGUCAGCAAAGAAUCUACCGCAUCAAACUCCACUUCAGGUGUUGUUGAUAUAAUCGCUUUGAAUUAUACUGCACGAGGUCAUCCUGGAUCCCAAAUGGGAGUGAGGAAUGGGUCUACGAACUUCCAGCAGGUGGACAAGGGCGUGAACGAACGUCACCGGAAGAUUCUAGAAGAGAUCGGGUUCUUCUCUAGACAUGCGAAGAUAGAAGAGUGUAUCAGACUGAACCAGCAGUUCCUGAAUGAAGUGAUACGGGAUGUGAUGCACAUGUUCCAGGACAACAACCCACUCAAAGACGCUGUCACAGACAUGGACUCGGGUGGCGACGGGUUCUUCAAGUACCUCUUCUCCCACUCGACGCAUCAGGCCCUGCCCUGCAUGACUGACCAUGAGAAGAUGCGCACGACCCUCCGUCAGUUUGUGAGGGACUGGGCCCAGGAGGGGGAGGAGGAGAGGAAGAGGAGCUACGCACCCAUUCUCGAAGAGAUUGGCAAGAGAUAUGGAAAAAUUGAGGACAAACGCACAGUGGAAGUCUUAGUACCAGGUGCUGGUCUUGGUCGACUGGCAUUCGAAGUGGCCACACUGGGCUACACAUGUCAGGGCAGCGAGUGGAGUGUGUUCAUGCUCUAUGCCUCCUCCUUCAUCCUCAACCACACUCUGAGACCCAAACAGUACACCAUAUACCCCUGGGCCACACAGCCCUGUAAUCAGUUCAGCCAGGAGAAACAGUGCAGAGCUGUUCAGAUUCCAGACGUGAAUCCACGUGAUGCUCUGGCCUUCCGUGAGUCUGAGCUGGCCAAUGGGGCCACACCUGCCUUUUCCAUGAGUGCCGGCGACUUCCUGGAGGUGUAUGGCAACCACAGCUGCCAGUGGGACUGUGUGGCCUCCUGCUUCUUCCUGGACACUGCCAGGAAUGUAAUAGAGUACCUGGAACUAAUGUACAAGAUGCUCAAGCCAGGAGGCUGUCUCAUCAAUCUAGGCCCCCUUUUGUACCACUACACCGACAUGCCCGGAGAACUGUCCAUUGAGCUGACGUAUGACGAGUUGGUGCUGGUAAUGAAGAAAGUGGGGUUUGAGAUCGAGAAAGUGGACUACAGUCUGGAGUCGCCCUAUUUGGACAACCAGAACAACCUCCUAUCUUACAACUACAAGACACCCCUCCUAGUAGCACUCAAACCAGGCACCACGCCACAGCUAUAG